CGGAAGGCAGGAAUGGGAACUUCGUCGAGGGCAAAUAGUGAGCCAUUUCUAUCUUGUUAAAAAGAAAUAUGAUAAAGAGAUUGUAUCACAUUUGAAGUGUAUGUAGGAUUCCUUAGCUAGACAAAAUGGAUGAUUGUUAUCGAGUGCUUCAUAAGUGAAGUGGAGCUAGCCUUAGCUUAGCUCGUAGCUACCCAGGGCCCACUGCCUUCGAUUUUGUCUCUCGGCUCUGCCCGGGACUGUGUUGUCAGUUUCACAAUCCCAGCCACGACCUACCUCGGGACGCGAUUUCUGCGUAGGCCUGUCCAGUUGCCGUUAUUCUUGACAUUUAGAUAACUGUCCGUUGUCAACGUUUGCCACAGUUUUCCUCCGGAUUUUGCGUCUCACGUUACGAAAAGGACGAUGGCACAUAUUGAAAUAAGGACUUAGACCCAGGUUUUGAGAGAUGCCGUUAUCAGAAUCUUAGGAAUUAAUGUGACUGCACUUGGUGUUUGCCCCGUGAGGACAGACCUGCCACCAUGAAGAGUGAGGUGCCCACUGAGCCCACCGGCCGACAGGAGCACCUGAAGGAGCCACUGGUGAACCCAGAGUCCGUGGACGGAGCCAAGAACUACUCCAACAACGUGGAGGUUAUUGGAAAGGCUGGCAGCGACUUUGAAACCCUGUGCGAACCCAGGCAUCGGGCCCUGAGGGACACGGGCACCCACAGAGACUCAGAGCGGAGCCUCCCUGGCCGCAGAAAAAGAAAAGGCCAGCAGGCAGGGCCGUCUGACUGCUCGCUCAAGGAGGGCCACAUUAGCGAGAAUUCCCUGGCACCUCAGCGUCCAAGAGUAGAACUUUUACAGCAUCCGAGUGAGGAUGAACAUAACCACGAGUCCUCUUUUAGUGACUGUGCCUCCUCUCCUUCGUCAAGCCUGCGAUUCGGGGACUCGGACACUCUCAGCUCUGACGACGAUGGCGAGGCUGAAGCAACAGGGGGCCAACACAAGGCUCCUGCCCUGACAACGGGAGGAGCCGCCGGGGUUGGCCUCCGCCCUAGUUUGGGCCGGACUCGGGGGAAUCGCUCUCAUAAGUGGGUGCGAGCCGAGGCUGAGCCCGUGCUGCUGAAGCGGCCGUGCCUGAGCAGCCGGCGGCCUCUGCAUAGGAAACGCUUUGUUAAAACCGCUCCUGGAGGAGGUCAGCGGACUCAAAAGCAAAAGAAGCGAAUACAGCUGCAGCGGGAGAAACGGGAAGUGAUAGAACUGAGGAAAUAUGCUCUGCUCCAUAGCACCAGUAGUUCCAGCGGAGAGCUGAGUAGUGACUCGUCGUCCCCUUCUUCUACUGAAGCAGAGGAUGAGCUGUAUGUAGAUGUGAGCAGCACCAGUAGCCAGCCCAACAGUGCUACUGUAGCCACAGGUGCUCUAGAUGAGGAUGUGGUGGUGAUUGAGGCGUCUCCAGCUCCAGCACCCGCUAUCCCUGCGAGCGAAGAGAUCAACGUCACCUCCACAGACAGCGAAGUCGAGAUCGUUACGGUCGGAGAUGGAUUCAGGUCACGCUCAGUGGGGGGUCUUGGCAGGAUUUGGGCCAGUAGUUGCUCCCAGAACCGUCUUCAGGAGCCACGUGGACGUCACAGACUCUCCACAGUCAUCCAGCCACUGCGUCAGAGUGCCGGGGAGGUGGUGGACCUCACUGUGGAUGAGGAUGAUCUCUCAGUUGUGGCAACCACCUCUGGCAGUGUUCACCCUCAGACAGUCAGGUCGUCAUCUUCGUCAUCCUCCCAUCAUGCCUCUACCUCAGAGCUCAAUGAUGCCCCAGGUCCUUCCACAAGCUGCUCAGGUUCAAUGCCUGAAAGUAUGCACACACAGAGACCAAGUGGCUCUGCUCGCACAGCCACAGACGACGACAGCAGAGCAGGUUUGUCAGGUGCCGCCGGAGAAAACACGGGAACAGCCAUGCCCAGACUCCCAUCCUGCUGUCAGCAGCACUCCCCGUGCGGAGGCCCCUCCCCCGGUCACCUGUCCCUGAGCCACUCCCACUCCAGCUGCUUGCAGGCGUCCUCCUCCCAGCAGAGCGGCGCCUCUCAGCACGGCCACAGCACCACCCACCAUUUUCUCCACCACGUCCACCACCCCGCGCCGCAGCCUCCGGGCACCGUGCCCUUUCAAGAGCCCAGCUGCCCCGUGGAGCGGCCCAACGCGCUGCCCGCCCCCUGCGCCAGAGUCGGGGGCAGCGGCGACAGCAGUGGCGGCGGCAAUGCGGCUCACUACCACGACCAGCAAACUCUGCCAGUGGACCUGAGCAGCAGCAGCAUUCGCGGUGGUGGAAACAGCGGGGCUAGUUUCCAUGGCAGCACAUCAGCCUUUGACCCGUGCUGCCCAGGCUCCACCUCGCGGCCUCCUACUUAUGUUUCCCAUGCCACCCCUGGGCCCAGCCAGCCAGCUGUGAUGGAGUCGUUCAGCUCCACCUUGGUGGCUCAGCCACAAACGCAGCCCCAGCCCUGCAGACAUUACAUGCAUCCAUCUUAUGGCUCUCUAACACGUUCCCUGCAUCAUCAGCCCUCCUCAGCCUGCCCUCAUUCCCAUGGGAACCCCCAGCUUACACCUCAGUCCGCUCCUCAAGGCGAAUUUCUCAUUCCUCACACCUUUCACACACCACUGCCAUCCCACCCGUCGGGUCAUGCCGUGCCUCCAGCUCCUCCCCCUCCGCUGUCCGGCCACCACCUCUCCACUUCAAGUGCCCCGCUGGCCCAACACCUUCCCACGGACCACCAGACCCUGUCGCACCACAUGCCGGCUCUGGGGCCUUCGGUGCAGAGGCUCCAUCAGCACGAGAUGCUGCAGAGGAUGGAGGUUCAGAGGCGGAGGAUGAUGCAGCACCCUACGCGAGCACACGAGCGUCCGCCUCCCCACCCUCACAGAAUGCACCCCAACUAUGGCCACGGACACCACAUCCAUGUGCCACAAACUAUGUCUUCCCACCCCCGCCAGCCGGAGCAGAGGACAGCAUGGGAGCUUGGCAUCGAGGCUGGAGUACCCGUGGCACCGUACACUUCAGGGCACCUGCACUCCCACCUGCCCCACUACCACCCUCCCCCAAGACUGCACCACUUCCCCAUCCCCUUUAUACACACUGGCAUUUCUGAAGUGACCUACCCGCACAUUAGGUACAUCUCAUCGAGAAUGACUGGCUUUGGAAGAACCUACGAGGACCUGCUGCAUUUAGAGGAAAGACUGGGGACUGUGAACCGGGGAGCCUCUCAGGUUACCAUAGAGAGGUGCACCUACCCACACAAGUACAAAAAAAAGGUGUUGGAGAGAGACAUUGACCAACAGUUAACCCCUGAAGCUUGGGCAUCUAUUGGGAAAAAUAUGCACGCAGCCCCAGAAUCGAGAAAGCUGCAUGGAAAGCAAGACGAAGACGAGGGGGCAGAUGAAGACACGGAGGAAAAAUGCACCAUCUGCCUGUCAAUACUGGAGGAGGGGGAGGACGUCAGACGCCUGCCGUGUAUGCACCUCUUCCAUCAGCUGUGUGUGGACCAGUGGCUCCUCACCAAUAAGAAGUGCCCCAUCUGCAGGGUGGACAUCGAGGCGCAGCUGUCUGCCGAGAGUUGAUGCUGUUUUUUUCUAACACCCCUAUUGUUUGUUCAGAAUUUAUUUUAAGAUCAUAUUAAUUUUCUCUUCAGUACCGCAGUCAACCAAAGAUGGCAUGAAUUACCUGCGCAGCUCUACAACGAGAAAAGAAAAGAGAAAAAAAACUUAAAACACCUGACAAAAAAAGAAAAAAAAAAGCAUCGAGCCUAGAGUGCCAGCUCUCACGUGAUACUACAACAGCUAGAAUUCUCCAUUAAGGGUUUAAGAUUUUAUCGUAUUUAUAAAGCUUUUAUGUAGCUUUCGAUUGUUUUCUCAAGUGUCAUUUUCUUAUUUCGUUUCUCUGCAUGUUUCCUCGCAAUGCAUUUCUUUGCACAUAUAACGUGGGCCUAACGCGGCCUAACAAGUUGCAGGUGAGGGUAGCUGCUCUAGUAAAGAUGCAUUUCUGUAAACCUAAUGCCUUGCUUUACUAGAAUAGAAUGUCAACCUCCAGUUUUUUAAACAAAAAAAGAAAAAAUAAACAUUGCAGGAUUCAUUUUACCAAUCAUUGUAUUGAUUAGUUUAUGUUUAGAAGAUGUGGAUUGUUAGUGAAAGCUGUUUUUUUUUUCUUUUUUUUUUUUUUUCUAAAGUAAAUCAAGACAUUCCUAGCUAGGAAAAUAUGUUAACAGAUCAGCUGCUGUAUUAGUGCACACCCAGUAUUUCUAGAGUGGAAAUAAACUCCAUUGUUCACCUCAUUCCCAGAAUAUGCACAUGCUUUGCCACGAUUACAUCACGUCCUGCACCUUCAUUUGACUACGACACCGUUACCACCACCAUCUGAUGUAUUUUUAGAGAGCAAGAAAAAGAAUGUUGCAUCCCUCUCUUGACUGUUCUUUCGAUACUGAGCGAUGGUCGGGAACUGCUGUGAAUCUUUUCUUUUUUGUUGGAGUUCCUCCCUGCAGACGGGCCUUCGAUGCUUAGCUAGGUUUCUGUAAGUUGAUCUCAGGCCUUCAUGUGUUUAAAAGAUUUCAUACGAGCCUGCAAACUGGGAUCAUGUUCAUUUGAUACAGGCAGUUGCAUUGACUUUUUAAUCUCCUGUCUGUGUGUGUGUGUGCGCGUGUGUGUGUGAGCGAGUGAGAGUGUUCAGAGGGAAAUGCACAGCUCAAGUUGAGAAAAAAUAUCUACUGUUUGUUCUCACACUUCAAACCAUUUUUCCCACCCUCCCUUUUUGUCUCUCUGUAGUUGAGCAGCAGCGUCCUGUUUGUUGAUGCUGUGGAAAGUGAAACACUAAUACUGUUGACUAACUCACUCGCAUAGACUUGCACAAGAGAGAAAAAGGCAGGAGAACAGUCGUGAAUAUGACAGUACGCUGAGGCCAUGUAUUUCCACUCUGAUGAAUACGGAAAAAAAGAAAAAGGUAUUUUGAAUGGAGUGUUGAAAUGCCGUUAUGAAAGCAGGUAUCCAUGCAUUCAUUGACUUACAGGCACCAGGAUCAUAUUCUGUGGGAUUUAUAUUAGUUUUGAAAAAUAAUAUUAAUAAACUUGGAUAACUCUUGAUGGAGUCCUUUGCUUGAUGUCCUUUUUUAAUUUUCGUCCAACACAGAUGUUGAGUUUUCAGGUGAUGUACAUUGUCCCAUCUCACCCUGUCCAAAUUUGUUUUCUAAUAAAUAGAG